AUGUUUAACUCCUCUGGCAACCAAUAGACCCCCAAUAGUAGAUGUUCAGAAGGUGCAGCAGUUUAACCAAAAGCAUCCCCUCACCAGCCCAUGCAUUGAUCACAUGCACGGACCAAUAGUCUGUGGCUUGGCGCAUGGUCUUCACAUGAUCAGAGAGUGCUGUUAUUCCAAUCACCUUCUGCGCAGAUCGCAAGCCUCAUUUGUCCUCCAACUCAGCUCAGCAUCAGUGUUGCACCUUUCUGGACUCUUUUCUAUUUAUUAUUGAUAUGGUCUUUCCUGUGCGUCCAUGAGAAAGAGCCACUGAUUAUCCUUAUCUCCUCCUAUUACAUUCUCCACGAUGUACAUAUCCAAGGCGGUGACGACCGCGGUGCCUACCGGCUGCGACCCUCUAGCCACAGUGUGUUCAGGCGGAAACUGCCUUGUUCCUCCCAGUAACUUCAAUGACAUUCUGAGCCAGGCGAUGAGCGUGACGCUCACAUUAAUGCUCGGUAUGGUCAUGUUCUCUAUGGGCUGCACUGUGGAUACCAAAAAGCUGUUGGGCCACAUCAGAAGACCCUGGGGCAUCAUCAUCGGCUUCCUGUGCCAGUUCGGCAUCAUGCCUUUCACAGGCUUUGCCUUGUCGCUGGCCUUCAAUGUGCUGCCUGUACAGGCUAUUGUCAUCAUCAUCAUGGGCUGCUGUCCUGGAGGCACCGGCUCUAACAUUAUCUGCUACUGGCUGGACGGAGACAUGGAUCUAAGUAUCAGUAUGACAGUCUGUUCCUCUGUCUUGGCCUUGGGGAUGAUGCCUCUCUGUCUGAUCAUUUACACCUCCGUCUGGACUUCCUCCAGCACCAUCCAGAUCCCAUACGAAAGUAUUGGUAUCACUCUAGUGUCCAUUAUUGUUCCAAUUGCUCUGGGAAUGUAUGUUAAACGCAGAUGGCCCAACGGGGCGAAAAAGAUCCUCAAGUUUGGGUCCAUUGCAGGAUUUAUUCUCAUUAUCUGCAUAGCUGUGGUUGGAGGAAUUCUCUACCAGUCCUCCUGGACCAUUGCUCCCUCCCUAUGGAUUAUUGGAAUCAUCUACCCCUUUAUUGGUUAUAGCCUGGGAUUCUUAUUGGCCCGCUUUGCAGGUCAACCCUGGUUCAGAGCUCGAACCAUCGCAUUGGAGACAGGUUUCCAGAACUCCCAGCUGUGCAGCACCAUUGUCCAGCUGUCCUUCAGCCAAGCUGAGUUGGAUGUCAUGUUCUCAUUCCCCCUCAUCUACAGCAUCUUCCAGCUAGUGACAGCAAGCAUAACUGUGGGAGCCUACCAGAUAUAUAAAAAGACAUGUGGCCGUCGCCCAGCUGAUGCAGACUUCGAGGAUCCAUCCCUGGAAGCUGGUGAUGGUGAAUCAGCAAAAAAGAAGGAACAAGCUGUGGAAAAUAGUGCCUUUGAAUUUGAUGACAACGGCGAAGAGAAGGAUAGGGACGUCAGAAAGAUCACCCAGCUGUGAAAUUACACACUUGCAAAUCACAGACUUUGGAUUACAGGGCCACGGCACUACUGAAGACAUCAGCCAUAACUCAACACUGUGAACACACACUGCUCUCUGCAGGCCGGAGGUGUGCACUACAGGUCCUGUUCAAAUCAACUUUGGGAAACGUUUUGCAAGAACGGGGGUGCCCUAAUGUCUUCUCCAGUACGGCCAACGAUUAACUUCAACUAAUUUAUUCAUAUAUUAUCAUUCGAGAAAACUUUACUCUGUACGUUCUGUGAGAAAGCCCGUUGUGCCGAUUUUUCUUGAUCAACGCAUGUACUUGUGUCUUCUAUACAUAUCUUAUCAAUAAUUCAAACAGAAUAUUUAAUGCUGUUUAUGUGGCUAAACCAUAUGUCCAUAUGCAGUUGUUUACUUUAGUUUGCGCUGAACGGUGGAAUAUACAACUGAAUACAAAUAUAUCAUGUUUAUGUGACAUUCAUCAUUUCUCUGAUAAGACACAGAGUUGUGUCAAAUGAAGAGAAGUGUGUGCACUUUUGAGAGCCACUGUUUCACAGUCGUCAAACCCACUAUACAAUACGUAACAUACAAAAAAAUAACCCUUUGUUAUUCUCUAUUCUGAUGUAGCAGGUGAAAUAUGUGGUUACAACAGACCAGCUUUGGGCCCUGAUGCAAACUUCUGUUUCCGUUCCUUUCAGUUCUUCUAUGCCUCAUUUAUGCCAGUAGAUGAAUCGAGGUCAGGGUAUGGUAGGGUGACAGCUGAUUCUGGGGCAUUUUGAAAUAAGUAAGCUUGUGGUUUUACACAUCUAUUUAUGAAACAUAUUCACAGUUCAUUUAUUAGUCUUCUGUGCAAAUGGGAAAAACGCAGAAUCCAGAAUUUCAUGGAUGCACAUUAAUAAAAGAUUUUACAAACCCUCGUUGCUUUCUGAAAUGAUGCAUUGUUAUCAAACAAUUUUUACAUUUUUGUUGUAUAUUUUGUUGUGAAUAUUAAUACUCGUAUUCAACUCAAUAAAGAUAUUACAGUUUUUCUCAA